AUGGCAAGCAUGGGCGACGCCUCAGGCCCCAUGCCGGCCAUCCAAGAUAUGCGUGCGCCAAGGGUUUGCUACCACCUUAAGAACCUCUCCAUUGCGGUAAACCGCUACGGCGCGCGUGGUGUCGUCGCGCUCUGCGACGUGUUCCGUCGCGGUGUGGCGCCGACGCUGCAUUUGCUCAACGUCAGCUGGACGCCCAUCGGCGACAACGGAGCCGCGGCGCUAGCAACGACGCUCGCGAUGGGCAAGCCGUCGCGUUCGCUAGACGUGUGGGGCUGCGACGUGGGUGCCGAUGGCGCGAUGGCACUCGCGGCUGCCCUCCCGGCUGCGGGUCAGAGGUGUCAUGUGAACGCCCCAUUUAAUCGGAUGGGCCUCGCGGGCCAGGCGGCACUGCUGGAGGCGCUCGAGGCGAAGCACGGGCCGCAGCUGGGGCAUGGCUUUGCGGUGCUGCAGGUGACCUUGCUUCCCUGGUCGACCCCGCUCGUGCGCGCACUUGGUCGAGGGUUUCGCCGUGUGUUUGAGAGCGGCCGAAUGCGCGUGUAG